UACUCGUACCACCUGUGAUAACCCAGGAACACCCGCUAUGGUUCCCUCAACAGAACUAUGGCUUCAAGGUGGGCAGCAUGGUGGGGUUCCAGUGCCAGCCAGGUCACCUGCUCCAGGGCUCCACCACGCGUCUCUGCCAGGCCGACCUCACCUGGAGCGGCCUCCAACCAGAGUGCAUACCCCACUCAUGUAAGCAGCCGGAGAGCCCUGAUCAUGUGACAGUGGUGUUUAUGGAGCUGGCAGGAUAUGGCUUCACGCUGGUCUACUCCUGUCAGCGGGGUUACUUCCUGUCUGGAGGAUCAGAACACCGAGUCUGCAGGUCCGACGGCACCUGGAGCGGGAAGACGCCCGUGUGUCGAGCUGGAUCCAAGCUAUCAGAGAAGCCCAUGAAGCCAGCUGCAGGGACCCCCAGCCCUAAACUCAAUGUUCCAGAUGACGUGUUUGCGCCCAACUACAUCUGGAAGGGUUCCUAUGACUACCGCGGCAGGAAGCGUCCCAUGACCCUGAGCAUCACCAGCUUCAACGCCUCCUCCGGGAGGGUCAACGUCACGCUCUCCAACGCCAACAUGGAACUGCUGCUCUCAGGUGUCUAUAAGAGCCAGGAAGCUCGUCUGUUGCUGUUGAUGUACGAGGUCAGGGAGUCCAGCCAAUCAGCUCCAGGCAAGGUACAAGAGGAGACCUGGGCCAUGGACGGCUUUGUGUCUGCUGAGCCAGAUGGCUCCACCUACGUGUUCCAGGGUUUCAUACAGGGUCAAGACUUCGGACAGUUUGGACUGCAGAGGCUAGGUCUGAACAUGUCAGAGAGUCACAACUCGGCCCCUCCUCCUCAUGGCACCAACAGUAGUUCUGUUGCCAUAGCAAUCCUUGUGCCUUUUUUCGCCCUGAUAUUUGCAGGCUUCGGAUUUUACCUUUACAAACAGAGGACGACUCCCAAGACGCAGUACACGGGCUGCUCCGUUCACGAGAACAACAACGGCCAGGCGGCGUUCGAGAACCCCAUGUACAAUACCACCGCCAAGGCUGUGGAGGGCAAGGCCGUGCGCUUCGACCCCAACCUCAACACUGUCUGCACCAUGGUGUGAUGGUUUAACCCGACCUCCACCACGGUGAAACGGUUUAAACCAACCCCCCCCUCCCCCCGCCCCCGUCCAACACUGUCUACACAUGGUGUCAUGGUUAAUGACUAACGUGAUGCCGGCUAACGGGAUGCUAGCUAACGCAAGGCUAGCUAAUGCAAGGCUAGCUAACAUGAUGCUAGCCGACACGAGGCAAGCUAACAUGAUAUUAACUAACAAGGGGCUAGCUAACAUGACGCUAGCUAACGUGAUGCCAGCUAACGUGACGAUAGCUAACAAGGGAGUAGCUAACGUGACGCUAGCUAACAAGUUGUCUGAUGAAAUCCCCACCCUGACCCCCUCUUGAUCCCCUGACCCCUCACCUGCAGGAUUUUUUAAAUACAAACCAGACAGACAGACACUUCCUGUCCCAACCCAACAAUCAGACUCUAUUGGUGGACUCUCGUACAGAGGCAGAGCCUGUGGAGAUGGAGGCAGGAAGCCAGGGAGUGACUCUGAUGAUUAAAGCACAUUUUUCAGGAAGGCUGACUGACAGACAGACAGACAGACAGACAGACAGAUGGGGAGGAGGAGGAGGAAGAGGAGGAGGAAGAGGACUCUAAGAGAGUGAGGCCUCCUCCUUCACAGGUGACCCCCUGAACCCCCCCCCCCCCCCCCCCCCCCCAGGUCUUGGCAGCGGCUCGAUGAUGCGUUUCCUCUGCUGGGUCGUCCUGCACUCUGAGAGUGCUUCUACUCUCCUGCCACCCCGGGGGGCUUUUAUACCGUUAAAUACCGUUAACCGUCCCCCUUCCCCCGCAGUCUGGCCCCGGGAGCUUCAUCAACUAUAUUUUUGUGCUAUUAUAUUAUCACUGGGAGCCGUUGCCAGGGGAGACGGAGAUUAUACGAAGAGUUUAUAAUAAAAUGUAUUUAAAAUAUAAAAAAGAACAAUAUGUUUCCAAUAAACACUGUUCACGUGUCCCACACACAGAGGUAUUUUUGGGUUCUCCUAGAAGCUCCUUCGAAGCGUUUUCAUUUUAUUUUUUUGUUUGUUUUUUAUGAGAAACUACGAUAUCGCUAACUCAGCCCCACCCUAAGCUCCCUACGCACACACGUACACACACACAGCACACACACACAGGCAACACACACACACACCACAUAUUGUCCUGAAGAGAGUGAGACAGUCACAGGAUAAACUGAAUCAAAUCUCUUCCUCUUCUCUCUCUUUCUCUCUCUCUGCACCCUUCUCUUUAUUUUGUCUUUGUCUCUCUCUUUUGUCUCUCUCCAUUCUCUCUAUUCCCAGUCACACCAGUCAGGUAUGGGGAUCCUAGAGUCUAACUUUUUGAUUUCUUAGACUGCUGUCUCUCUCUCACACUCACACAAACACACACACUCAGACACAAACUACAUUAGCAGAGUGAGCCUUUUUCAUUUGUGGUAAAUGAGUCUCCUGGUGUACUCCUGUAAUCAGAGCUGACGAGCAGCUGAUGAAACCAGGGGAAACAUAGUCGAGGAUCUGUUUCGAAAGUAUCCUCUCGUCCUAUGGGGCAUUAGGAUCCUCAUCGCUGACAUCAUCACCAGCCUUUAAACCAAUAAGAUCAGAGUUUGUUCCCCUGUGUCUCCCCACACCUCACGCAUUGUCGUUAUUUUGCACAACAUUGUGUCUUUCGUAGUUGACACGGCACUCAUUAGUUUAUUUUUUCACUUAGUAGUGUUUCAAGAUCCUCAGUUGUUGUUGAUGUUGUUGACGUUGUUGAUGUUGUUGUUGAUGUUGUUGUGGCUCGUCCGGACACAGUGCCUACCAAAAACCAUGUGACUCAACUCUGCUCCUCCUCUCUCCCCGUCACACCACACCCCUCACCGCACACACACACACACACACAACGUCCUCCCACCGCACACACACACACACUAAUCCCCACCACAUACCCCCCCGUUCUCCACGUCCUUCUCUAAAAGGGCCAUGUGUUGGCUUUCUCGCUUUUCCUAUUAAUGACUGCAAUAAGAACCCCAUGAUACCAGAAGGAGUGCCCUUCUAAGCCCCCUCUCUUAUCCCAAUGCAUUGAAAAUAUCUACAGUAAAAACAAGGAAAAACAUGACAAAAAUAUGGAAAAACUAAGUUUUUUUUGUAAAGAAAUAUAUUUUUAUGAAGAAAUUAUUUGUAAAAUGUAUGACUCUAUUAUGUAAAUUUUCAAUGCAAUGUAAGAUUAAAAAAGGCUAAUUG